AUGCCGAAAAUGCUCCUCGAGAGCCAGUCCCUGGAGCCAUCCUCCAUCAGGCGGGAGGUGCAGAAGGCAUUACAGCUGCAGGUCGUCGGAGUGGCCGAGGCGCUGCACGACAUUCUGCAACAGGCCGGCGACCCUUGCGCCGCGGCGGAUGCCCUGACGGCGGCUCACCUCCGCGAGCGGCGGCGGCGGGAGCGGGAGGCGUCGGGUUUCAGCAAACUCAUCCGCAGCCUCACAGCCCGCCCCUCCCCCUCCUCUUGGCCAUCCAGCUACUCAGGGCGGUCCAGGACCAACCGCGCAGCAGCAACAGCAGCAACAGCCGGAAUGACAUUGUCACCGGCAGCGGGAGCGGCGGUGGUGGGAAACGACAACUCCUUGCGCGCGGGGGCUUCCUCCGGGCUCAGUGGGUGGCGGCAUGAAGUGGGGAGGCGGUCAUCGUCGCGGUGCGCUGACGGUGAUGGAGAUGGUGGUGUGUUUCUGAGUCAGCAGCAGGUCGCGGAGGCGCUUCAGCGGCGUAUCGGUUUCCGUUUGGAGCUGGGACCGUCCUCAGUCCCCCACCCGGAUUCAGGCACGGGACUGUUCCUGCGCGGUGAGGCCCGGCCGGGAGCUAUCGUGGCCAUCUUCCCUGGAGUCCUGUACGGCAGGACGCAGCUUGCACACAUGCCAAAUUUCCCAAAGGCACGACCCGAGCGCUUCCUGGUGCUGGUGAUGAAGUUGGUGGUGAAGUUGGUGCUGGCGUUGGAUGCCGGGUUGAGGAGGAGUGGGGUAGCGGUGGACAUGGACAACCCCUACCUCAGCUGCCGAUACGACCAGAGCAUCGUGGACUCCAAGCCGUGGGGCCGCGGAUGUCGCCACCCGGGGGAUGCUGCGGAGGAAGAGAAGGCCGCGGCUGCGACCGCUUCUUCGGCGAAUCCUGAACAGUGUGGGAAAGCUGUGGCGGGGCCUCAACACGGCGGUGACGUCGACAGACAAUCCCCCAACGUGUUGGAGGCCGCUCUGGACCUCCCGCUGGAGCUGCUCAAUGACCCACGGGGCGCCAUGCGGCCGUGGCUCCGUGCCUACCUACCCGUCGUACAACCACCGCUGCACUACGACCCGUACGGUAAUGACCCUGGCGAGGACGGCGAGGACGACAGCGACGGGGAGGAUGAGGAGGAACACGAGGUAGAGGAACACGGAGGCCGAGUGGGGGCUGCAGCGACCUCUGUGGCCGCGAGUACGGCGUCAGAACAGCAGCAGCAGCAGCAGAGAUGGCGGCAGCAGCGGAGACUGCCUGGGGAGCUGCGGGCUGAGGAGUUGCUGUCGCCGCCUGGGGGAGUCGUACGGCUGCUCGUCCUGGUGUCCACGACGGCCGUACGCGACGGCGAUGAGCUGCUUCAGAACUACCGCAUGAACCCGCAUGUAGCUCGGCCAGACUGGUACGUGGUCCAUGAUGCGGAGGCGGAGCAGCGGCGCUGGGCCCGGUUCCGGGCGAUGGACAUGGGUUUCAAGGCGCGGAGUGGCGGAGGCAGUGGGGGUGGUGGCGGUAGCGGGGGUGGUGGCAGCAGCGGCGGGUUGGCUGGGCCCGCGGGUUGAGCUGUCUUUAAGUUCUUCUCACGGGUUGCGUCUCGCAGCAGCGUGCAUUGAGGCAGGUUGAGUUGUUUCUGUGGCGAUGUGUCUGUCGAUACGAUAUGUGCGGUGCAUUGAUGGCGCCGUCCACAGGGCCGGCCAGGUGGGCAUGUUGUGGCGUGCUGUGCUGUGCUGUGGGAUAUAACAGGUACGUCCCAGUACGUACACACUUUGGCCUCAGGUACCGCGUUAUGGUUCCCGAGGCGGCGGGGGUUCCCCCAUUCUCGGCCGCUGGUGGUGG